GCACUUUAAAUAUGGACGCGGACACGCUGCGCUCACUGAGUUUCUCCGCACGCGCCCCGGAACCAGCGAGACACCGAACGAGCCUCCCUCACUUGGAGAUGACACCUGGUCCCGAGCUGGACUCGACCUGAACCCGACCCGGACUCGACCCGGACCGGCAUGAGGAGCGCUCGUGGCCACUUUAACUCGACCUGUGGAGGCAGCAUUGCAGCGCGAUAGCUCCGGGGCUCCUCGACUGGUUCCGUACUUUGUUUGUUGUCCGUUUUAAAGUAAAUAUAGAUAUAUAGAUAUUUAUAUUGUUUUAAUCCACGUGCACGGCGUCUCGAGGAGGGGAAGAGCUCCGGCAGACGGAUCAGCUGUGAAGGCCAACUUCACCACCAUGAGCUCCGAGAAGAAAGUGGAGGAUGAGGCCGUCCUGGACAGAGGAGCUUCCUUUGUCAAGCACGUCUGUGACGAAGAGGAAGUGGAAGGUCACCACACCGUGUACAUCGGCGUGCACGUGCCCAAGAGCUACCACCGGAGGAGACGCCACCGACGCAAGUCCAGCCACAAGGACAAGCGGGAGCGGGCGGACCACGGCGCCGAGGGGUCCAAGUCGGACGGGGACUACGCCGACGAGUCCGCCGCCUACGUCCUCAAACCCCUCAUUUCUCCAGCCGAGAGGAUCCGAUUCAUCCUGGGAGAGGAGGACGAUGGCCCCCCGCCUCCUCAGCUCUUCACCGAGCUGGACGAGCUGCUGGCUGUGGACGGGCAGGAGAUGGAGUGGAAGGAGACGGCCAGAUGGAUCAAGUUCGAGGAGAGUGAGAAGGGCGGCGAGCGCUGGAGCAAGCCUCCCGUGGCCACGCUGGCCCUGCACAGCCUGAUGGAGCUCAAGACGUGCAUCGAGACGGGCACCAUCCUGCUGGACCUGGAGGCCUCCACGCUGCCGCAGGUUGUCGAGCUCAUCACCGACAGCCAGAUCGCGGCGGGCCAGCUGAGGGCGGACCUGAAGGAGAAGGUCACGUACACGCUGCUGCGGAGGCAUCGCCACCAGACCAAGAAGUCCAACCUGCGCUCGCUCGCCGACAUCGGCAAGAGCGUCUCCAGCGCCAGUCGGCUGUUCACCAACCAGGAGAAUGGUAGCCCGACCACCGCCCACAGAAACCUCACCUCCAACAGCCUGAGUGACUUCUCUGACAAGCCGGAGAGGGAUCAGCUGAAGAACAAGUUCAUGAAGAAAUUGCCCCCCGACGCCGAGGCCUCCAACGUGCUGGUGGGAGAGGUGGACUUCCUGGACGCCCCCUUCGUGGCGUUCGUCCGCCUGCAGCAGGCCGUCAUGCUGGGCGCUCUGACCGAGGUCCCCGUGCCCACCAGAUUCCUGUUUGUCCUGCUGGGGCCCAAAGGGAAAGCCAAGUCCUACCAUGAAAUUGGAAGAUCCAUUGCCACCCUGAUGUCCGAUGAGGUGUUCCACGACAUCGCCUACAAAGCCAAGGACAGGCAGGACCUGCUGGCCGGUAUCGAGGAGUUCCUGGACGAGGUCAUCGUGCUGCCCCCCGGAGAGUGGGACCCCAACAUCCGGAUCGAGCCGCCCAAGUCUCUGCCCUCCUCGGACAAGAGGAAGAACAUGUACGUCGGACUUGAGGGGCCUCAGAUGAACGGAGACACCCCCCACGAUGGAGACGGCCACGGCGGGGGAGGAGGUCACGAGGUCGGGGAGGAGCUGCAGCGCACCAGAAAGUUCUGUGGAGGUCUUUUCCUGGACAUCAAGAGGAAGCUGCCCUUUUUUGCCAGCGACUUCUACGACGCGCUCCACAUCCAGUCGCUGUCGGCCAUCUUGUUCAUCUAUCUGGGCACGGUCACCAACGCCAUCACAUUCGGAGGCCUGCUUGGGGACGCUACGGAAAACAUGCAGGGAGUGUUGGAGAGCUUCCUGGGCACGGCGCUGACGGGGGCCGUGUUCUGUCUGCUGGCCGGUCAGCCGCUGACGAUUCUCAGCAGCACGGGCCCGGUGCUCGUGUUCGAGAGGCUCCUGUUCAGCUUCAGCAAAGACAACGGGCUGGACUACCUGGAGUUCCGGCUGUGGAUCGGCCUCUGGUCGGCCGUGUUCUGCCUGGUACUGGUCGCCACGGACGCCAGCUUCCUGGUGCAGUACUUCACGCGGUUCACCGAGGAGGGCUUCUCCGCGCUCAUCAGCUUCAUCUUCAUCUACGACGCGUUCAAGAAGAUGAUCAAGCUGGCCCACCACCACCCGAUCAACGCCGGGUACGACGACAACCUCGCCACCGGCUACGACUGCCGGUGCACGCCCGGCAACUCCUCCGACCCCCUCCUCGACGUCUCCGCGUGGACAAACGACACGGAUCUGUCGGCGAACGCCACCUGGGAGUCCCUGACGAAGCAGCAGUGUCACCAGUUUGGCGGGCAGCUGGUGGGCGGGGCCUGCGGCUACGUGCCCGACAUCACGCUGAUGUCCCUCAUCUUGUUCUUCGGGACCUACACCUGCUCCAUGGCGCUGAAGACCUUCAAGACCAGCCGCUUCUUCCCCACCACAGUGAGGAAGCUGCUCAGCGACUUCGCCAUCAUCUUGACCAUCUUGCUCUUCUGCGGCGUGGACGCCUUCGUCGGCGUGGACACGCCCAAGCUCAUCGUGCCGAGCGAAUUCAAGCCCACCAGCUCCCUGAGGGGCUGGUUCAUCCCUCCGUUCGGGGGGAACCCCUGGUGGGUGUACCUGGCUGCCACGCUGCCCGCCCUGCUGGUCACCAUCCUCAUCUUCAUGGACCAGCAGAUCACCGCCGUCAUCGUCAACAGGAAGGAGCACAAACUCAAGAAAGGUGCAGGCUAUCACCUGGAUCUGUUCCUGGUGGCCGUCCUGAUGAUCGUGUGCUCCUUCAUGGGCCUGCCGUGGUACGUGGCCGCCACUGUCAUCUCCAUCGCCCACAUCGACUCCCUGAAGAUGGAGACCCAGACGUCGGCCCCCGGGGAGCAGCCCAAGUUCCUGGGCGUCAGAGAGCAGAGGGUCACGGGGAUCUUUGUGUUCCUCCUGACGGGCCUCUCCGUCUUCAUGGCCCCGAUCCUCAAGUUCAUCCCCAUGCCCGUGCUCUACGGCGUGUUCCUCUACAUGGGCGUGGCCUCCCUCAACGGCGUCCAGUUCAUGGACCGGCUGCAGCUGCUCCUGAUGCCCGCCAAGCACCAGCCGGACCUCAUCUACCUGCGCCACGUCCCCCAGAGGCGCAUCCACCUCUUCACCUUCAUCCAGGCCCUGUGUUUGGCCCUCCUCUGGAUCCUCAAGUCUACCGUGGCGGCCAUCGUCUUCCCCGUCAUGAUCUUGGCUCUGGUGGCCGUCCGCAAGGCGAUGGACUACGUGUUCUCGCAGCACGACCUCAGCUACCUGGACGACGUCAUCCCGGAGAAGGACAAGAAGAAGAAGGAGGACGAGAAGAAAAAGAAAAGCAAGAAGAAGGGAAGCAUCGACAGCGAGAUCGAAUUCUCCGACUACCCCGACAUUGAAAGUAUCCCCACUAUAAAAAUCUCUAUGGAUAUGAUGGAGCAGGAGCCCAUGCUGGGCGAUAAAUCUCUGGAUAGAGAUCCAUCCCAGACUUUCCUUAAGCCGCAUUCGUCGUGCUGAGCACUACUUUGAGUCUCCCACUGUGGCCGAGUGAUCUCGACCGAGGUCCGUGCACGAAAGCUUGGCCUCGGAUUCGGAUCCCCGGUGACGACGGCGCUUUCUUCUGGAGGAAAAGCUCCCGAACGGAUUCUGUGAAUUAAAAUCUCCAAAGAAGCAGCGGAACCAGCACAUGAUGAUUAUUAUUAUUUUUGGUUGUUGUACUAUAGUACCACAUUUUAACAGUGUUUUUAUUUUUUAUUAUUAUUAUUCCCCGUGUGAGGAUUUAAAUUGUGAGUCAUCCUCACGAGUUCCUGCAGAAAACAAAAGGGCUGCUUAAGUUUUUAUGGGACAUUAAUAUCGUAUGAACGUGUACGUUAAUAACCGUCCAGCUAUAGCUGAUAUACCAUUAAAGAUGUUUUUUUUAUUAUUAUUAUUUUUGUAAUAGAUUUAUUCCGAAUGACACCAAAACAAAACCAGCCUCUCGUCUUCUAGUACUGUUAGUUUUUUUUUAUGAAGUAGUCGAGUGUUUUAAAUCAUAACUCCUGGAAUCCAAAGAGUAAAACAUAAACAAUACGAGUCCUUUUUUUUUUCAUUUGCAGCAAACAAAAAGGGCUCCAGAAGGUCAUCUGUGCACAUGCAGACAUUAAUUUUGUAUUUAUGUGCAUAUCAAUUAUUUAUUUAGGCUACGUAUUCAUAAAUCACAUCCAAGAGAUCCAUGUUUGUUUCAGAGGGAAGUGAAAUGGUUCAACACCAUGAAGACUGGAAGUUCUGUCCCCCCCCCACCCCCACCCCACCCCCCUUUUCUAUAUUUAUUCUAUUUAAACUCUCGGUAGAAGAAUUUGCUGAAUCUAAAGUAUGGUUUACCAUAUAACUUCCCCAUUUGUGCAUAUUUUAAGAGAUUGUUUCUGUGGUCUGUAUCCACUCGGCUGGUUUCUCUCUUGAGGGAGGUAUAGAUGUAUGUAGCUCUACUUCUUAUAUUUCUGUAGGUGCCAGGAUAUAUAUAUAUAUAUAUAUAUAUAUAUAUAUAUAUAUAUAUAUAUAUAUAUAUAUAUAUAUAAUUUUUUUCCCCACUGGCACUGCGUAGGAUCUCUGAAUCUUCCCUUUUUGCUCUGUGACACUUAACAUUU